AUGUCUCCGGUCCUGGUCGUUGGGGCCACUCGGGGUCUCGGAGCUUCUCUGACCAAGCAAUAUGCCGCACAGUCCGGCACGACCGUCUACGGCACGACGCGUUCCAAGGCUGGCCCGGAAAAAGGGUUUCCGGAGAGUGUCAAGUGGCUGCCGGAGGUCGACCUGAUGGAUUCCAAGGUUGGUGACCACUUGGUCAGUUUGCUGGGCGGCUCGAAGCCGUUGUCGGCCGUGAUUAUCACGGCGGGCUACUUCGUGACCGAAGACCUCAGCGCCGAAAAGGGCCCGAACUGGUCCGAAGAACAACGCAUGUACACGACCAGCUCCAUAGCACCCGUCUUCAUUGUCAAUGCCCUGGUGCAUGCCGGCUUGCUGCAGAAGGACUCCAAGAUUGUGCUCGUUUCGUCAGAGUCUGGGAGCAUCACUCUCAGGCACGAGAAAGAAGGCGGCGGCAACUAUGCGCACCACGCGAGCAAGGCUGCAUUGAACAUGGUCGGCAAGUUGCUGAGUCUCGACCUCAAGGAGAAGGGCGUCAUCGUCAGUAUCGUCCAUCCGGGCUUCAUGCGGACCGAGAUGACCAAAGGCGUCGGCUUUGAUAAGUACUGGGAUGACGGAGGUGCCGUGACGCCCGACAAGGCGGCCGACAGUCUCAUCGCCUGGACAGACAAGCUCGACAUUUCCAAGACAGGCGAGUAUUGGGCGCCGAGAGGACCGGAGGACAAGACAUGUUGA